CAGCAUCAUUCGAGCAGCAUCCUGCAAGCAGCACAGAUCAGCUCAGCUCUUUCCUACUCAGCAACUACUAUUACUGCAAAAUGGCACCACAGACCAGCAACGAAUCCGCUUUCGUCUCGAAAACCCAGCACUAUUUGAAGGUGAAGAAGCCCCUUUUGGAGCGCCAGCGACGAGCCCGCAUGAACAAGUGCUUGGACACGCUGAAGACUUUAGUGGCCGAGUUCCAGGGCGACGAUGCCAUCCUGCGAAUGGACAAGGCCGAGAUGCUGGAGGCGGCACUUGUCUUCAUGCGCAAACAGGUCGUCAAGCAGCAGGCGCCUGUUUCCCCGCUCCCGAUGGACAGCUUCAAGAAUGGUUACAUGAACGCCGUCAGCGAGAUCUCCCGAGUGAUGGCCUGCACCCCGGCCAUGAGUGUUGACGUGGGCAAGACGGUGAUGACCCACCUGGGAGUGGAGUUCCAACGGAUGCUGCAGGCUGAUCAGAUCCAGACCUCGGUCGAAUCCUCCGCCCCACGCCCACUCAGCCCCGCCUCUUCGGGAUACCACAGCGAUGUCGAGGACUCCGAGUCCGUUGCGAGCCCCAAGCCAGCACAAGAGACCAUGUGGCGUCCGUGGUAAUUCGUUCUGCAACUCCAUCAUCAGCAACGAGAACAUCGAAUCCAGUCUUCCAACUGCAAAUCAUGUCUUCCAUCAGCAACUCCUGCUACAACGAAUCAUGUCUUCCAAUUGUAUCGAUAACACUGUGAUAACAGCUUUACCUAGAUCAUAAGAACCAAUCAAGCUUUAAUAGUUUACUAAGAUUUAGUAUUUAGGAAAAAACAUCAACAGCUUUAAUAGUUUUAAAAUAAAAAACAUACAAAAUUAAA